UUGUGGCCGUGAUUUGUGCGUUACUCUCUUUCGCUUGCCAACCACUAAGAGAAACUUUACUUUUGUGAUACAAUUAUUUGGCUGUGAGACGACGAGUGUUAAAGAAUAUACGCGUAAUCGGGUAAAAAUUACGCGUGCACGUGUAUUGAAUAUCAAGUAAUAUCGACAAAUAAUGUACGAGGAUCGAAGAUAGUAAUUGCAAAACACCUAGGAGAUCAUCAGCUUUCGACAUGGUGCAACAGGAGCAGGCUCACGAUGCUAAGCAACAGAUUGCGACCAGUCCAGAGGAUACUGAGGACAUACCUGCUGGACAGCAAGGUCCUCAAGUUCCGAGGCGAAGAGGAGGCAUCUCCGCGGAGCCGGUCUCUGAAGAAGAUGCGACAAGUUAUGUUAAAAAAGUUGUGCCCAAGGAUUACAAAACAAUGGCUGCCUUGAGUAAAGCCAUCGCAAAAAAUGUCCUCUUCGCUCAUCUCGACGAGAACGAACGUUCUGAUAUAUUUGACGCCAUGUUUCCUGUCACGUUUUUGCCCGGAGAGGCAAUUAUUCGUCAAGGCGACGAAGGUGACAACUUUUAUGUAAUCGAUCAAGGAGAGGUUGAAAUCUUUGUCAAUGGUGAAUUAGCCACGACCAUAGGAGAAGGUGGAAGUUUCGGUGAACUUGCGUUGAUAUAUGGGACUCCACGUGCUGCGACUGUUCGAGCAAAGACCGAUGUUAAAUUAUGGGGUAUCGAUAGAGAUUCAUAUCGCAGAAUUCUCAUGGGCUCUACGAUAAGGAAACGAAAGAUGUAUGAGGAGUUCCUUUCCAGAGUUUCAAUUUUGGAAUCUUUGGAUAAGUGGGAACGGCUCACAGUAGCCGAUGCUUUAGAACCGGUGGCAUUUGACGAUGGUGAGACAAUAGUUCGGCAGGGUGAACCUGGUGAAGAUUUUUACAUAAUCGUCGAAGGCACAGCUGUUGUUUUACAGCAACGUUCAGAGGGUGAAGAAUUAGCGGAAGUCGGUCGUUUAGGACCAUCCGAUUAUUUCGGUGAAAUUGCAUUGCUAUUGGACAGGCCGAGAGCAGCGACUGUCGUGGCGCGAGGCCCUUUAAAAUGUGUGAAACUCGACCGAGCAAGAUUCGAGCGAGUUUUAGGUCCGUGCGCGGAUAUUUUGAAACGCAACAUCACCCAGUAUAACAGUUUCGUGUCCCUAUCCGUAUAAAUUGCCGUAUCAGUGACAUUAUCAGCCACCCUGGUUUCUUUUCAUGAAAGUACGUUUCACUAUUAACAUUUUUUAUUUGAGUAAUAGCGUAAGUAAUAACCGUACUGUUUCGGCUAACGAUACUUGUGUUAAGAAUUAUAUAUGUUGAAUUAUGCACGACUGUCUGUUAAAAUUGUAUGAUGUGGCAUGAAAACAAUUUGACACCAUUUUAUACAAUGUUGUAUUUUUUUAGUCUAAAUUUGAAUAGAUUUGGAAUUGAAGAUCUAAAGUAUUUUAUUCUCUUUCUAAAUCAAUAAGGUAGUUGUAUUAUUAUUAGAUAGUUAAAUAAAUAUAGCUCGAGCAAUUCUUUUAAAGCUUUGUGCGUAGUGUUAUUUUUUUGUCAUUAUAUUUGUUACAUAAGUAGUUUUUAUGCUCAUUCAAUCAAUGUAUGCAGUUAACAUAUGCUUCUGCAAUGACAUAUAUAAUUCUUAAAACACAAACUAAAUAAUUGGAAAUGUCGUGAUACAUCAAGUUAUUACGCACUUUGUAAUUCGCAAUGCUGCGAUAUAGAGGUCGAAUUUUAGCCACUUUUACACGAACAUAUUUCCCGAGAAUGUACGAAAUCUGUGAAAACAAUUUGGAAAAAUUCGAUAAAUAUAUGCCCCAUUUUGCAAAAUUUUUUGACAAUGUUUGAUGGAACGAAUAAAACAAAAUGUUUCGUUAUUGAAUUUUCGGUUUCAAUUUCCAUUGCGAUACUGUUUUUAUUUAUUUUGUCGGACUUAAAAUGAAUUUCAUAGUUUUUACGAUAUAUGAGAUAGCUAGGAUUAUUAUAUGCAUUUCACGACGUGGUUAAUUUAUACACAUGCUAGUGUAUGAUUUGAAAAAAAUAUAUGUAUCUAUAUAAAAAACAUAUUUAAUUUAAAUAUUUGUGUAACAAUGAAUUCAAAAACUAAAACUUAGCUGUAACAUCGCACAAUUUUAUUGGCGACUUGUGCACAAAAACCGAACCGAUUGAAAAAACUUUGCAUUAAAUAACUGCAUUGAUUGCUCAUACUAUAUCGCAUUGUAAACGGAUAUUGUAAAAUCAAUAAAAAAAACAUGUUUUAA